CUGGCUGCCGGCGGCUGCUCUGCGGCGGGGCCCGGGCGGGCCGGAGGGGCUCCUUGCUGCCGCUGCGCCGAACCGGGCCGUGCCCGGCAAGCAGAGGGUAUUGCUAUGGACAGUAUUUCCUCAGGCUCUUCUCUGCAGUUUCUUGCCAAACUACUUCGUGAUUCUCAAGAAGAAGAAGAUGAUGAUGAUGAUGAGCAUGUGCCACACUGUUCUGUUAGCACCAUGACUCCUGGUAGCAUUGGACCAGUAAAGACAGAGACUCCUGAUGCUUUUCAGGUGAAACAUGAAAACAGCAAAACUAUUUGGAAUACAGAGGAGGUCCCAGAAGGAUCUGAAUUUGAUGACACCUGGGAUCCUAGAGAACAGCCAGAGUAUGAGAUUUUAUUCAAACAAUCUGUGGGGACAGAGGAUGUCUUCUUUGGGAUGAGCAGGAAAGACCCCUCCACAGCCUGCUGUGAAGAUAUAGUGGUGAAAAUCAAGCUGCCAGAGACAAAGUUUGCAGACAUCACAUUGGACAUCCAGGACCAGGUUCUUGACCUUCGAACUCCCCAAAAGAAGCUGCUGCUGCAUCUCCCCUACCGUGUGGACAGCCAGAACGGCAAAGCUCGUUUUCUCUCUGAAGAGGAGACCUUAGAAGUGACCUUGAGAGUGUCAAGGGAGUUUGAUUUCAUAAAUUUUGCCUGAUGGGUAGAGAAAUAGUCAGAGUCUGCCAAGUGCAAUCUCUUGGUUUGAAGUCUUCUUGCAACCUAACUGGUCAUGAAAUGGAAUAUCCAUGGAGGCAUUGACUGCCUUAGGAGUGGCACAGCACCCAUGGGUUCCAUCAGCUGAGGCUGUCCAGCUCUUGUGCUGCUCUGGUUUAUGUUCUGCUUCCUUCAGAUGCAGGCUCUGUGAUCCAGAAAAUAGGAGAUUACAGUUCUGUGAGCCAGAGCAAGCCUGUUGGUGGUUAUGGCUGAUAAGCAGCACAAUGAAGCCUUGGUCAGUGAGCCUUGUGCUUAGUAACUGUUGCAAGACUUGCAAAUGGUCAUUUUCUUGCUUGGCCUCCAACACUGGGACUGAGGCCAGUUCAGAAUCUCCUCUCAGCUACUUCAGCUAUUUUUCUCAUCUUUCCUGAUU